GCUUGCAACCAAAUAUGUGAUAAAAAACGUGAACAAAUUUUACGAAAAUGAAUUUCUGUUCAUUUUGAAAACCUUUGCUAAGAGAAGGUACAAACACUUACCCCUCCUGCAGUGUAGUAGUGAAUACUACUACUGGCUAUGUAAAAUGAAUAAAGGGUCUCAGAAGACCAUCUCACAAUACCUACAUUUGUGCAGCUUAUUGAAUUAUAUCCCAACGAGAAAAUAUAUAGAAAAAUACGUAACUGUGUUUAAUUACUGCAAGGAUGAAGUUCGAGAUGGGAGUUUCCUUUUUUUCAAUCUGAUCGAAGAGGAGAUAAAUGAAAAUCAUAAAGAUUUAAAGCAUAUAAUUUUGGUACUCUACUUUUUACACAAAGGGAAAAUAAAAAAUGAGAUAUACGACACGUUACUGCACAUGUGUUGUUAUUACGCUUGUCAUCUCUCCUUAAGGAAUACCUUUCUCCUCUUAAGGGUUGUCUUAAAUGAGGAUAAUGGGAGACCUAAUUUGGAUUACAUAAAAAAUUUACACCAAAAUUUUGAGAGACAUCUAGACUCAAUGACUCAGGAUGACUUUUCCACUUAUGUGAAUACUCUCCUACAGAACCAUGUCCACUUGGAACUUUUUUUUAUUUGUUAAAUGGAAUUAUCCCCCAAUUCUGUACUCUCCAUUUUGAAACUCCUAAAAAGGAAAAAAUUUAAGGAAACAGUUAUUUUAAAAAAAGUAGUGAAUGUGAUUGAAAGGAACUUCUACCAUUACACUUAUGCAGAUGUGGUGUAUGUCGUUAAGAUACUAACCUUUUUAAACCAUUUCGAUGAGUCUUUUUUUUAUUUCCUCUUUGAAAAAUUUUUGCCUCCUAUGGGUAGUACUUUACCCACUGCGACUUUAGUCUCAACGUGGGGAGACAAACCUGGGGGGGGAUUCCCUACUUAUAAAGCGAUACACACAUAUGAUGAGGAGCGACUUUCCUGUGGACAGCCCUACUGGAAUGCAGUUAGAAAGGAACAUCUCAAAAAGGUAGAUGAACAGGAGAAGGACCCCCUGUUAGGUCCUGUCAAUUUUUUUAGCCAAGUACCACAGAGGAAGGGACCCAUCCACGAACUGUCACAUUUACCCCUACAUUUGUAUGAACAAAAAGUCAAAAUGAAGAUAGACUCUUGUAAUAUAAUUAGAGAGGAAGAACAGAUAGGAAAAGACAAACACAUGAGGGAAGUCUCCUUCAGUUUGCAGUAUCUUGAAAUGUAUCUCAAUUUGUUUGUCUACAUGGGGACAUGCGGACAUAGGGACUACGACAUGCUACUCCGCUUAUCUCAGAUCAUUCGCCUGUGUUUGCUUGCCGGGGGGGGACCCCUUCCCGAACAGGGUAGCUCCGAUAUUGCCGUUACCACCUCUACCGGAGGUAGCGGCCAUGUUACUCAGCAGGCUAGCCGAUUUCAUAGCAACCUGAGGAAGAGAGCCGAACCCCAAUUUGUGUGCUUCCACGACGCCAUUCAGAAAAAUAAAAAGGAGGAUAACUUUUUUUCACGUGACGGAGGAAGUGUUGUCAAACUGAGUAGAGGGGCAGGUUACUCUCCCCCACAGCUAAAGUGCCACAAAAAAAGCAAUGCUAAUAUCCGCCCUUCAAAUGAAGAGACUUCAGAUGUCAGUCAAGGCAGCUCUGCUGACAACCAUGUCGCUACUCCCAUUGGGGGGGGGAAAAAAUCUUGUUUGAGAUUCUCCUACAAGGAGAGUGAAAAAAUUAAUUUUGAAAAUUUGAAAAAAAAAAAAAAAAAACAGUCAGCUUUAUUUGGCGAAGAUACAAACAAGGACAAAAAGGACAUGUCCGAUUUGAAGUACCUGAAUGUGGAAAUGUUUCGGAGGGCCAAACUGGCUCAGUUUUCUGUGGAUCUAAAGUGUGGUGUCCAGACGGGGGAUAGAAGUUGCAGCGAGUCGAUGGGGAGAGUGCAAAGGGAUUCCCUCUUGUCGAAGCAUUUCGGUGACGUUCACCCAGCUGCGAUUCGCCUUCACAACCGCAGGCUUUUCCGGAGGCACUUGGACGAGCUGCACCCAAGCGAGCGGUACACCGAGAAGGCCCCACCUAAGCCACGCGUUGGGCGCGGUCCGAAGAGCGGCCAAGAUCUACGCCUAAUACGAUACAAAGAAAUAAGAAACUUGCGCAAUGUAUGCUUGCGGAGGUACGCCCAGCUGUUCAAAGGAGAGUCACAUGAGGAAUUCCAUAUCGUAAAAACGGUGCACAAAACGGGGGAAGCCUCAGAAGAAGAUGGGACGUAUUCGUAUGAACACCCAUUCGACAUGAUUUCCGAUGGGAACCUAAUCCAUGUAGACGACUCGCUGUUUGUGGAUUACACUCUGUGUGACAAUAAGAAGAAAGUAGCCCUGCGAAAGCACAGUCACUUGGUACGGAAGAGCAACCAAAUGACGCGCAAGGAGUACGCCAAGGAAGGUGCAACAAAGGAGGAGCAACAGUGGAGAGAAAACAACCCUAGUGGAGAUUUACUCAAGUGGUUGUACAGAUAUAAAAACUGUUUGAAUUUAUUCCCGAAUGAGAAGAACAGCGAUAUUCACCUCAUCGAUGGGGACAUAAAGCAGUUGGGGGAGUGUCUACAGAAGUGGUACCAGGAGAGUGGAGCCAAAACGGCAAGCAGGACAGAGCAGCAGACGGGAAAAGGAAAAAGAAAAGCCCCAAUAAGUCUUAAGCAAAUUGCGCUGAUUACCAACUCGUGCAGUAAUUUGUACCAUUUUGAUAAAAACCUCAUUGAUGUGCUUCUCUCCCUCGUGUCGGAUUUGUUCCGUUCCUUUUACGCAGUGCAAAUUUUAGAUGAACAAAAAUUAUUUGACUCAGACUCCAAAGAAUUGCACACAUGUCCUACCUCAGGAAGAGAGACCUAUCAGUGUAUGUACCGUUUUACCAAAGUGUGGAGUUUUUUAACGGUGUGUAUUCAAAUAAACCGUAUCGUGAGGAACGUCUUAUCGUUGGAUCAUCGACAUGAAGCAGUUACUAAGUUAGUGCAUCUAUUUAGCAGUCCUUAUUUCCUACUGAACUUAAAUCAUCUCAUAUAUGUCGUGAAAAAGAUGGAUUAUUUAUCGAAACAAAUGGAGAGACCCUCCUUAAUAAAAAGGUUCCUCCUGCAGUACGUAGAUAUUUCGCUAUUUACGAACAUAUUUUUCUUCUUCUGCAAAAAGGUCUUCAUUUUGGUGACCACCAGUUCUGCUGAUUUGGUGACGGAGCAUUUGAAGCCUUUUCACACGUUCACCUACUCGAUGCUAACCCUCCACAGGGACUACACCCGUCAGUGGGUUAACCACUCUGAAGAGUUGAGUUCCACACCGUUCGAGGGAGUGUCUCUUCGAAGAAACAUCGAAGAUACGACGUUCCUGCAGUGCAUCAAUUUUUACGUUAUGUUCGUUUGUGCCACUUAUCCCGGAUGGGGGGAAAAAAUAAGAGAUGCAUCCCCGCGGUUGGGGAGAGAGCACUGUUCCCAUUUGGGAACAAGCAGCGGGGUUACAGAUGAGCAUAGUGGUAAAAGUGGGCAAACCUGCGAAGCAAUUCGAGUUGGGUGCCCCCACGAUACUGGCCAGCACUCUGACAUGUGCGCCAUUUUGGCCCUAUCGCUUAGGUAUAUAAAAUUAUUGAGCUGCGCGAGGGAUUUUCCCCCCGCGCGUAGUGGCAAACGCGAGGACCCCACGCGGAUGCACACGAGCAGGCAAACGUGCACGAACACACACACGAAGGUGCGCAUGAACACACACACGAAGGUAUGCAGCAACGCGCACAGGCAACUGCUCCCCGCUCUGCAGUUUUACUACCUGCUCAGAAGGAGCGUUCGGAAGGGAAAUCCAACGAACAUAAAUGAGGAAACCCUCCCCGAUUUUUUCCCCGCGUUUAUCAUUAAAUGGUUGAACCAGGAGGGGGUGAAGGAAGUACCCAUCCACGAGCUCUUCCCCGUGGGCCACCUACAGCAUCGCCGACCGGAAGGCACCCCGCCGGUGGACACCUCCACGCCUAGCUCUCACGUCGAUACAACGCUUUACUAUUAUUUCUUCAAUUUUUUUUUUUUAAGAAGC